AAAUGUCAUUUUGGCGACCUUUGUGAUCAUUGCGAUCGUCAAGACGAAAACAGUGAAAUUUAGCGAGUUAUUAGCAAGGAUAUUAAGUCGUGAUUCGAUGUUUUGUGUUAUCAAAAGUGUCAACAAUCGAUAGAAGUAUCAGUUGCAAAUUUCCACUCAAUCGCUCGAGAAUGGCAGCAAAAAGUGCAGAAAGUGAGGCAAUUGUGGAUAGAUUGACGGCUUGGGAUCGCCUUCAGGAGAUGUACAGGCUGAUGGGGCACGAGGACGAGAUCAUUUGGGAUGCAUACAAGUGUGACCAGAAGGAGGAACUGUACAGAAAGGUGAUGCUCGCCAUGGGUGUCAACGAGCAGCCGGAAAAGCCCGACGAUGAGAAGUCAAAGAAAACUCACCAGAAAUACAUGGAAUUGGUGGACAAGAUAUGCAAAAGCAUUUGGAGACAAGCGAAAUACACCGGCGGCAGUGUUGUGAUGGCCAUCACUUACCUUUGCAUGGUUCCUGUGGACUCGACAACUCUCGCAAUAGCGCAGCUGAGCACGCAAUUCACCAUGACGCCGGUUUUCCGGAUCAUGAAGUGUGUCAAGUCGGUGAACGACAACUCGGCUCGCGACUGCUGCAUGAUCUUCGUGGAUGUCAAUGCGAGAGUGUACGCAAAUUGGGAGGCUUUUUGCAAGGAGAACAUCUUGCCGGAGUGCAUCGUUGUGGCGCCGAAGAAAGGCAUCUUCAUGGGCAAGAAGGUCGAGGACGAAUGGUUGAUUGCGCUGGAGAAGAUGCUUUCACCUGCCGCCACUCCGGACCAGAAGUUCGCCAGGGGCGCGGAUACCACGGCUUCGUACGUGGGAAUGACUGCUGCCGGCGUAUUGGUCGGAGGACUGAUGCUUCCUGUUCUGGCGCCACUGGCCGGAGCCGCUGCUGUCACCGGUGGGGCUUGCAGUCUGUGGUCUGCGUAUCGAUCGGGAAAGAAUCUCAGCGAUCGCAGUGAACACGAGCAGUCAAUCAAAUUGUCUGACGCCGAAGCGCGAGCUUCUUGGCUAGGAGUCGCCGGUGGAACACUGGGAGUGGCUUCAGGAGUUGCAGGGAAGGCCGUGGCCUCAAUGGCGACCAACGGGAAAAACAUUUCCACACUCGUGCAACACACCGUCACUGGCUUGAACGUGUCCACGUUGGUCGUGAGCGGCGCCGGAACGAUCAACGGCUUCGUUGACAUUCUGUUCGUCAACGAUGAUCAGCCGGUGUCGAAACUUCAGCUCGUUCAACUCUCAACGUCGCUCUUCAUGUUCACGCACUCAGUGUACAACUUCCAAAUGACCAGCACCAUCAUUGAGGGCCACCAAGACAUGACCAUUAAGCAGAUGCGGGAGAACUUGAGUCGAAACCAGGGGCGCGCCUUCGACAAGAUGGCCAAGGAGACCAUGAGACUUAACUCAAAGACAGGCAAAGCGGACAUUAUUCGCUCCCUGCGGAAGAUUCCCGAUCAGAAAUCCUACUUUCGCGACAUGUACAAGAUGAACAAGCAACUCAACAACGCGAACGUGAAGCCAUCCUUCAGCGGAAAUGCCGAGCCGCAUCUGAACAGUCAGCCGUCAAAUGCCAUGCCGAGUGAGAUCAGAGCCAAUCUCAGGGCUGCGCCUGCAGCUCAGGUCUUCCAGGAAGUCCCUGCGCACAAUCCUUCCCUGGGAUCUUCGACCGCUGGCAAGUUGCCACUGUCGAGCGUCAACAAUCCCGUCACGUGGGUGAACACGGCCGUUAGAUUUCUCUCCGCUCUGCCGCACCUCAUCGGUGAAGACACCAAAGACACGCUGCUCAAUAUCGCCGAGAAACUCAAUGAAGUUCUGUUCAAUAAGUUCGUAUUCUUCGUCAGAGUGUUCAUCGAGCAGUUUGGCAUGGAAAUUGAGAGAAAUUUGCGCAGAACUGUGAGUGUUGAGGAAUAUUCGCAGACAAUAUUCAAGAUCUUCGAAGAUAAGGCGAGAAGAGCGCAAAUGAAGAUUUCGGAGUACAUUGAUGAGUUGAGAGACGAAAGAGACAAAAACAGGGUCAUAAAGGCUGAGAUUGUGGAGUUCUACAAUAGUCAGGCUUAUCCUGUGCCCAACAAGGCCUGUUCCGUUUGCGGUGGGAUGUUUUAUGACGAAAUUAUUGUGUCACAGAGUCGGGAAAUUAGAGUUGUCAAAUCAAACUGAAUGAGAAGUGAAUUUACCGUAGGAAAUUCAGAGAUUUGACGGUGAAAACUGCUGAAAAAGCAAUGAUUUGAUAGAAACGGUUAAGUUAGAAAUGGCUGGAAAAGAAAAGCUGGCUUCUGUUACUCCUGGUGGCUGUAUUAUUUUUUAUAUCCCACAUUAUGAUCAGCCUGAUUCCCAAUUUGAAUGUAAUCUUGAGAAGGUCAAUAAAUAAAUAAUUUGAAUAUA